AUGGGUAUCGAUCUGAAAGCAGGAGGUAAGAACAAGAAGUCCAAGAGAACUGCACCAAAGUCCAAUGAUAUCUACCUCAAGCUCUUGGUCAAGCUUUACAAGUUCCUUGUUCGAAGAACUGGCAGCAAGUUCAACGCUGUUAUUCUCAAGAGGUUGUUCAUGAGCAAGGUUAACAGGCCUCCUCUAUCUUUGUCAAAGUUGAUCAAGUAUACCGAGGGGAAGGAAGGUAGAAUUGCUGUAGUUGUGGGUGCUGUAACUGAUGAUAUCCGUGUGUACGAAGUUCCAGCCAUCAAAGUUGUAGCACUUAGGUUUACAGAGACUGCAAGGGCAAGGAUUGAAAAGGCUGGAGGAGAAUGCUUGACAUUCGAUCUCUUGGCUAGUAUGGCCCCUCUGGGACAAAACACGGUCCUUCUUAGAGGUCCAAAGAAUUCUCGUGAAGCAGUGAAGCACUUUGGUCGUGCUCCUGGUGUUCCACACAGCCACACCAAACCUUAUGUAAGAGCAAAGGGAAGGAAGUUUGAGAAGGCUAGAGGAAAGAGAAACAGUCGAGGAUUCAGAGUUUGA